AUGGCGCACGCGAGCAGCUUUAAUCGCUGGGCCAUCAUUGAACAAGAUCUCUCCACCAGUUCGGAGCUCCUGCGGCCGACCAGCUCUAUGGUGAACGUGGAGGAGCGCGCCGACUUUGCCCGGCUGCUCAAGACACAGCUGGAGAUGUACAUUUUGGUCUUGUCCCACAUGUAUCGAGCGGCCCAGGAAAGCAAACAUGCGGCGAAGUUCCAAAAGACCUUAAUGAUCAAGGCGCAGCGCAUGUCCCGGAUGCUUCUGCCUGAGCUGAUUCUGCUGAAACGCUCCAGUCCAGACGCUGUGAACGAAAAGACGCUGGAGGCGUUGAAUAGCCCUUUGCUGCUCCCGGAGAAAUCAGAGACUUGUAAAGAGAUGGCCCUCUUGGAGAACUUUCAAUUCGAGUACUUGAUCUCCUGCAUUUGGUUUCCGCUUCUACACCUGGUAGGUCCAGGGGCCAGUGGCCCCGAGGACUACGCUUGGCCCAUGACCAUCGGCGGUGUCAUCGAGCCGAUCACUCGAAAGAACAAGCGCAACAGAUGCAUUUUGUAUCCAGAUGAUGCCAUCUUCAACGGCAAGAAAGCGAACCGCACCAAGGGCUACGAUGUCUCCUGUGAAGGCGAUGACAUCAUUGAGGAGUUCCAUCAGAAGUACGUCCCCCGCACAGUGCGGAAGGAUAAGGAGAGUAUCCACUUCUGGUGUGGCCAGAGAUGGAGGAAGCAUCACAUCGAGCUCUUUCCAGGCACGGUCUUCGAAACUCCAGGACUCUGCUUGGACUUUGUGCGUUUCUUCCAGUGGGACACCCUGGGCGUUUUGACGGCCGUGGAGUUCGACGAGGUUCAGAAGAAUCAGCGCACGAAGAUCAAGCGCAGCACCUGUCGGCUGGCGUUCAGGACUUCCAAGAAACCCUACAAGACGCUUGAAAUCGAUGCAGAGCAGAGUGAUAAGUUUCUUUCCUGUUGCUCGGCGAAUGGCCAUGUGGUCGCAGUGCCCUACCAUGCCGAGAGCAUUCUGGUGGUGGAUCCCGCAUCUCCCCAUGCUUUCGCUAUCGAGCUGCCAUCAGGCAUCAAUGCAGAGACACGUCAUAAAUUCCAAUCGAGUUGCUCAGUGAAUGGCCAAAUUGUGGCAGUGCCUUUCAAAGCUGAGAAAAUUUUGGUGGUUGAUCCUCAGUCUCGUCAGGCCUUCACCAUCGACCUGCCAUCAGGCAUCAAAGCAGACAGACGUGGCAAGUUUGCGUGCAGUUGCGUGGUGAAUGACCAGGUAGUGGCAGUGCCCUAUGAUGCUGAGAAAAUUUUGGUGGUUGAUCCCCUAUCUCGUCAAGCCUUUGCCGUAGACUUACCACCAGCAGUCUUCGCAAAGGGUUCAGCAAAGUUUCAAACCAGUGCUCUGGUGAAUGGACAAGUUGUGGCUGUCCCCAAUGAUGCUGAAGAGAUUCUUGUGGUAGAUCCUGCAUCUCGUGAAGCUUUCACCAUUGAGCUGCCACUAGACAUCGAUGAAGAGCGGCUUGACAAAUUCAAGUCGAGUUGCUCAGUGAACGGCCAGGUGGUAGCAGUGCCCUACUCGGCUGAGCAGGCGUUGGUGGUGGAUCCCACAUCUCGCCAGGCGUUCGCCAUCAGUGCAGGUGGAUGGCAAUUCUUCAAUUCCAGUUGCUUGGUGAAUGGCCAGGUGGUGGCAGGGCCUUGCAAUGAUCGAGAGCACACUCUGGUAGUCGAUCCUUUGUCUCGGCGAGCUUUCACCAGGUUUGUGCCAUCAGGCAAUCCGGCAGAGCAGAAAGACUUUGAUUUUUUGCCCAGUUGCUCAGUGCACGGCCAGGUGGUGGCAGUACCUUGCGAUGCCGCGAAGAUUCGGCUGUUGUGUUCGAGGUCGUUGAGGCUUGGUUUGCCGACGAGUGAUGUCCACACCACCCCGCAGUUUGUAGAUCUGGUGGCAGCCUUAUUGAGUUUUUGGAUCUACACUGAUGACCCAGAACCUCCAACGUUGGAGCAUGCCUCGUUUGAGGUUCAUGAUUGGGGUGAGCCGACAGAGGUGGGAAGACCUGUGAGACUGCGAGGUGUCAUUGCAGAUUUGCCUGUGGGGAAGGAAGCCAGGAAAUUCCAGGACUUCGCUGAGGAGCGUGCUGUCAACUACAUCCAUGCUGAUGAUCCAUGCCCAAGGGCUUGGGGCGCUUUGAAAUUGCGAGAUUUCGUUGAGAAAGCAACCGUGGCCGUGAAUGACGGUUUGACGGAUCCGCAUGGCAGCAUCAAAGGGACUUUGUCACCGAAAGUUGUGGAAGAAAUGGCAACCAAGUUCUUGAACAGGCCCGAUUUCAAUGUCAUUGAGGAUCUUGCCAAGAAAUACGAGCAUUUCAUUCCUCUACGAAUACUGAGUUCCAAGAAGGAACCUGAUUCUUGGAAGGAUUUCCAGUUGACGCCAGAGUGUUUUGAGGACCAUUCCGUUUUGGCCUAUGUGAACAAACUGUUUGAUGCAUUUGAUGCCAGCCGGCCCGAGUGUCAUGUUCAUCGCCAUGUUCAUCUCCAGACUCCUGAGUCUGAACACUGGCCUGCGACUUUAGGGGCCUAG